GGAUAGGUGGCGCUGCAGUAGACUUGAAAAAUUAUUUUUGAUGUGAACAAAAUACCUAUUUUACCAUGGAACUUGGUGAUAUUUACUACAGCAAGCCUCAAUAUAUAGAAACUGCUUCUGGAAAUAAAGUUAGCCGGCAGUCUGUGUUGUGUGGGAGUCAAAACAUAGUUCUUAAUGGAAAGACAAUCAUUAUGUCCGACUGCAUCAUCAGGGGUGACUUGGCCAAUGUCAGGAUUGGUAGACACUGUGUGAUCAGUGGUAGAGCAGUCAUCCGUCCACCUUUCAAAAAAUUCAGCAAAGGUGUGGCAUUCUUCCCACUUCAUGUGGGUGACCAUGUUUUCAUAGAGGAGGAUUCGAUAGUUAAUGCUGCGCAAGUAGGAUCUUAUGUUCACAUUGGAAAGAACUGUGUUAUUGGGAGAAGAUGUGUGCUGAAAGAUUGCUGUGCUAUUGCUGACAACACUGUUUUACCUCCAGAAACAGUUGUGCCUCCAUUUACAGUAUUUUCAGGGUCACCUGGUGCAUUUACCGAGGAGCUUCCUGAAUGUACGCAAGAUCUGAUGAUCGAACUGACCAAAAGUUAUUACUCGCAUUUCCUACCCAUCGUGGAAGCAAAAUGAUGAUCAGGAGUUGUGCUGAUUGUGAAAGGUUUAGCACUGCCAUGACUGUCUAUCCUUAACUGUUGCUAGCUAUUAAAGAUUGAUCCCCAUAGUAAUUACUUCAUCUCUAGAUCUAUGCUUUGAGUGUUCCUGUUGGUGCUGGACUGAGCUUGGAGAAUAUAGCUUUAGGAUGUCAUGCAGUAUUCUUCGGGAUGAGGCUUAUAGUGCGAGACUAUGCUACAUUCUGGGGAAACUCCAUCAUUAUUUGCUGCCUUUUGUUAUAAGUUUGGACAAUGGAAUCAUUUCUGUUGCUGUUACAGUUGCAGUAGGCUAUUAGGCACAUCAUGUGUGAUUGCUGUUGCUCUCAUGACUGUUGCAAUAGGCUAUUUUGGCACAUCAUGUGUGAUUGCUGUUGCUGACAUGACAGCUGCACUAGGCUAUUGCUAUUUGCUGCCUUUUGUUAUAAGUUUGGACGAUGGAAUCAUUUCUGUUUCUGUUACAGUUGCAGUAGGCUAUUAGGCACAUCAUGUGUGAUUGCUGUUGCUGUCAUGACAGUUGCAAUAGGCUAUUUGGCACAUCAUGUGUGAUUGCUGUUGCUGUCAUGACAGUUGCAAUAGGCUAUUUGGCACAUCAUGUGUGAUUGCUGUUGCUGACAUGACAGUUGCAGUAGGCUAUUAGGCACAUCAUGUGUGAUAGCUGUUGCUGACAUGACAGUUGCAGUAGGCUAUUAGGCACAUCAUGUGUGAUUGCUGUUGCUGACAUGACAGCUGCACUAGGCUAUUCGGCACAUCAUGUGUGAUAGCUAUUGCUGACAUGACAGUUGCACUAGGCUAUUGUCAUGUCAGCGACAGCCUAAUACAUGUUGGAAACGACCUAGCCGUUGAUUUACAAUGAAUAAUACAAAAAGACAGUGUUUAGGUUGCCAUGACAUAUUUUGCAAAGAUAUUGUUCAGUGGAACCUCCCUUAUAGCAGACACCUCUCAAUUAAGGACAACCGCUCUAUUAAGGACACUAGUUUCUGUCCCAGAUUGGUUGUUUCCAUUCAAUUUGACCUCUCUAAUCAGGAGACGUCUCUAUUAAUGACAGCACUUGUCAGUCCCGAGUGGUUCUACUGUAUUUGCUUUGCUUCACUUAUCAAAAGGUAAAAUCAUUGAAAUAGGAAGUGAUAUGGCUGAGACUUGUAAAUAAUACUAUCUGUACAUUACAUUGUAAUUUAUUUAAAUAUUGUCUCUUGGCUGCUGAGGUAAAAAGAUAUAUCUAUCGCAUAAUGAGUGUCAUGCAGUGGAUGUGAACCGAACUCAACUUAACAAGCUUUUUGUCUAUUACUUCUGAAGUCUGGGACUUAAAGAAGUACACCGUUCGUAAUACUUAUGAUCCAGUUGUAUAUAAAAAUCCACUAAUACACAAUGCUGUAAUGCAGUUGUUGUGAAUUCAAAUUUUUUAAAACUUGGUAUUCAUAGUAUUUGUAUAUCAGUAUACACAAUGUAACUUGUCCAGAAUGCUGUAAUGCAGUUAUUGUGAAUUCAAAUUUGUUUAAACUUGGUAUUCAUAGUACAGUAGAACCUCUCUAUUAAGGACACCCUUCGGACUGACAAGUGCUGUCCUCAAUAGAGAGGUGUCCUGAUUAGAGAGGUCAAAUUGAAUGGAAACACCCAAUUUGGGACCAAAACUAGUGUCCUUAAUAGAGAGGGUGUCCUUAAUAGAGAGGUGUCCGCUAAGGGAGGUUCUACUGUAUUUGUAUAUCAGUAUACACAAUGUUACCUGUCCAGAAUUUAAUUCUGGACAAGUUACAUUCAUUCAAAAUGUUAUGUAACACACUUGACAUUUCAUGUAAAAGCCAUGUUGAUUGGUUAGUCUAUUGUACACUUUCCACAGAAAGCAAGGUGAAGCAGCCAAUCACAUUUCAACUUUCAUAAUGACCACGGUACUCUCUUGUAAACAACUUGCAAUUUUUGUAAACAACUUUCAUCAUGUCAGUGAAACAUUCACCGUCAUGUUUGAACUGCCAUGUAAAUUUUUAUUUACAGUGAUUUUAGUAUUUAAGGAAUAAAUUUCAAAAAACUGAUUUUCUCAUCCUUGGAAGCGACCGCGCCUAAUUUGCAUAAAUUAUGCAGAUAAGCCAUGGAUUUUUAGUUUCUGAAAAUCUUUCAUGUAUUGUUAUCAUGAAUUAAUAAGGGUUAUAUGAUUUUGAUAUUUGGUUUCUGGUCCUUUUUUGAUUGGCAAAAAUGUGGUAAAAUGGACGUUAAUGGGUGUCUGCAAUGUACAUAAAAGGCUCUUCUUUGUACAGUAGAACCUCCCUUAGCGGACACCUCUCUAUAACGGACAACCUCUCUACUAAGGACAUUAUUUUGGUCCCAAAUUGGUUGUUUUCAUUCAAUUUGACCUCUCUUAUCAGGACACCUUUCCAUAAGGAGAGAGGAAUUCUCUGUCCUGAGAGUGUCCUUAAUAGAGAGGGUCUUUGAGUUGUCUACAUCAAUAACCCUUACACUGUAUGAAGAUUAUGUAUUGUAGAAAUUUUAUUGCUGCUCAAGAGGCAUAUGAAUUAGAUAUCAAAACACGAAAUAUAAAAUUAUCAUGAGUGGAUCUUGAAAAAUGUUCUUGUUGUAGCUUGUAGUGCUGAUUAACAAUAUUCUUUUUAUGUAUCAUAUGCAUACUUAAGACUAAUCAAUAUACCAACUUAUGAUGUAAUAAACCAUACUUAUCAGUGAACAGAAUUAACAAAUCUUGUUAAGUUUUUAAGUUUUAACAUGCUCUUU